AUUUCAGCUGAAGUCCAUUUUGAGCAGAAGAGGACACGUCAGACCUACACACGAUACCAGACGUUGGAGCUGGAGAAAGAAUUCCACUUUAAUCGCUACUUGACUAGACGGCGGCGCAUUGAGAUCGCUCACAUGCUAGGUCUCACGGAACGGCAGAUCAAAAUCUGGUUUCAGAACCGACGGAUGAAAUGGAAGAAAGAAAAUAACCUUAGCAAAUUAACCGGUCCGGAUAAGCCAAUCAAAGAAGAGUGUGGGAACCCACGUGAC